AAUAUGCUUACUUAAACCAUUUAGAAGUAUUGCACCAAUAUGGUCUAGAAAGUAUUUUUGUUCUAUUUAAAGGCACCUUGUUUUUUCCCUUUAAUGCAUUAUAUAUCCAUAUUCUAUGCACUUGUGCUUGUUUCUCGUUAGUUUCACUUUAAAAGCAAUAAAAGUGGAACACAAACCACUAGAUGAAAAUGUCUUUGGAUCACCGACACGGAUCUGAGACCCUCCUUCAUGGAGAGUUUGGAGUUUACCCAACAAAAGAUAUUCGCUAUGCACUUAGUCUGACUCAUACAGGUCUUCAUAUUCAGAGAUUAGUACCAAAGCCAGAGGAUGACCAACGAACUGUGCUGUCCCUUCUUGACAUGGUGGGUUGUCACACUCUUCGUAAUCAUGGUUCUUCAGAUAAGUUUGCCUAUUUUUCAAUCUACUCCUAUCCUUUAAAAAAGAAGAAGGUCACUAUGGGCUCCGGUCGCACUCGUCAAAGAUUGGUUCGUACAUUCCGAGUAGAUGAAUCAACAGAUUAUAGCAGGAACCGGUUAAUAGCUGAGAAGUGGGCAAUUGCAAUAAAGUGUUUGAUUCAGGGAGUUCCCAUUGGCAGUGAAACAGAUUUUGUUCCUGAUCUCUUGCCAAGAGCACGACGGUUGAUGCUUUUGCUGAAUCCCUGUGGUGGACGGGGUAACGCCCUCCAGCAGUGCCAUACCCAUAUAUUACCUAUGAUCACAGAGGCAGAUAUCAGCUAUAACCUUAUACAAACAGAGAGACAAAAUCAUGCUCGAGACCUGGUGCAAAGUAUCAAUCUGGAGGAGUGGGAUGGCAUAGUUGUCAUUUCCGGAGAUGGACUUCUAUAUGAGGUUAUUAACGGUUUGAUGGAACGCCCUGACUGGGAAGAUGCAAUAAAGAUGCCAGUUGGAAUUCUCCCUUGUGGCUCAGGAAAUGCUUUGGCUGGAGCUGUCAACUAUAAUGCAGGGUUUGAACAGGCAAUGGGAACAGAGCUGCUACUAAACUGUAUAUUGCUCCUAUGUCGUGGUACACUUAUGCCUAUGGACCUUGUAUCUGUGACUACCUGCUCUGGAAACCGUUCAUUUUCCUUUCUUAGUGUUGCCUGGGGCUUUAUUUCUGAUGUGGACAUAGAAAGUGAAAAGUAUCGACACAUGGGCUCAGCUCGUUUUACUGUUGGAACUAUGGUAAGGGUGGCAUCACUACGUACUUAUCGAGGCCGUCUUUCCUACUUACCUGUGCUAGAUGCUCACCGCCCCAUCUGCAGAAGUAUCACACUUUCUCCCAAUGGGAGCCUUUCUUCUUUUCAUCAUGCUCCUUUACACCGCACAAUUUCAGACAUGGGACUUUGUGAAGAGCGCAAUAUUAUGUUUAAGCGUUCCUCUGCUGCAUUUGAUACCAAUGAGUUACCUAGUUUUGAGACUCCAUCUCCAGGUUCUCCAACAGCCUUGCACUCCACUAGCUUCUCAUUUGACGCACUGCCUGACCAUCCACAAAAGGAAAAAACAUUAUCCAAUGACAAAAAAUAUCAUACACCUCACAGUGUAAACGGACCAAAGGAUGAUCUUGUUCCUCCACUAGAGCAACCGUUACCUAAGAGCUGGAUAACUGUGGAAGAUGAUUUCAUUCUUGUUUUGGCUAUUUAUCAGAGCCAUUUGGGAGCAGACUUAUUCACUGCACCAUUUUCCUACUUUGACGAUGGUUUGAUCCACCUCUUCUUUGUGAAAGCAGGGAUUUCUAGAGCUGCCCUUGUUCGUCUCUUCCUGGCUAUGGAAAAGGGAACACAUUUUGAGAUGGCAUGUCCACACCUUGUCCAUGUGCCUGUUCAAGCUUUCCGUUUGGAACCACUUACAAGGAAAGGAGUUCUUACUGUUGAUGGGGAGCGUGUAGAAUAUGGUCCGAUUCAGGCUCAGAUACAUCCUGGACUUAGCAACCUCAUCACAGGGUCUCAGAGAGUCCGUUUAACUACUUUUUAAUGAUUUGUUCAGUGCCAGGCUCUAUUGUGCAAUACAAAUUUAUCUUGUGGUUUAUUGUAGUUUGAACUAAAUGUUAAUAUUAUAUCAAUGCUUUGGUUUGUGUCGAAGGGCAAAACUGAAGCGGUUUGAAAUUGUGGCAUGUGCCUAGCUAACAAUACAAGUUGCCUACGUUUAUAGUUUUAUUUUUGUUCUUUAAUUUAAAAAAAAAUUUUAAAUACUAAUUUCUCCAACAUAGGUGUGUCCG